GCUGAGCUGAUAGUGAAAGAGAGGGGAGAGAGAGAGAGAGAGUUGCAGAGAACAGGAGGUUUUUGCAUGUCGUGAUCGUGAAAUUGGGUUGCGUUAUCAACCCAAAGCGAGGUUGAGGGAAGACGACGGGACCGUUGAGGAAAGCAGGGGGAGAGGUGCAGGUCAGAUACUCCUUCCUAUCCUCUUGAGCUUUGUUUAUGGAUUGGCGAUUUUGACAAUGUUGUGGGUCUCUGACGGAAGCUAGCUCAGGUGUAUGUGUUUUUGCAGCAUUCCAUAUUGACUUCACCUAUUACUUGGAGAGAGUCGCUCUUGAAGAGACUAAACCUGAAACCAAAGGCUUUGGAGAUCCUAUUUUGAAGUUUCUAAGGUUGAAUUGUUCCCAAAAGGCUUGCAAAUCUGGUUUCUUUGACAGAAGAGAGGCAAAGUGAGAUGGCGUCUGGCAGUCUAAAGAGCAUUUUGACUGCGGCAGUUAAUACUGGGGUGACUGAGGCUAGGGCAAGGAUAUUCGGGCAUGUGCUUAACCCGACAGGCUUGAAGUCUGCGCAUAAGAUUUUGCGCAAGAAGCUGAUUGGGGAGAAAGUUGCCCAGUGGUACCCACAUGACAUUAGGAAAGAUGACCCCCUUAUCAUGGAAGCUGAGGAAAAAGAGCGCACAAACAAGCUUGAAAUGUUGAAGCGUCGAGGAAAAGGACCACCCAAGAAGGGUCAAGGAAAGCGUUCCAAGCGCAAGAGCUAGUAUUUUGACAUGUUGAAGUUGGUUCUUGAGUGGUGUUUUGAAUAAAGAUACAACUAGUAUUUGAAAUUUUGUUCAGUUUAUUUGAAGACAAAUUCAAUUUUUGCUGUCCCAUUUUUGUAAACAGUGGUACUAGUUGUAUGGUGGGAGGAUAUAUUGUUUCAGAUAAUUUUUUCAAUAUGCAGAUUGCAGAAUUCAACCUA